AUGGUGUUUGUGGCGAAGGCUCACCUAAUGACCAUAAUAUUCGAUGUGCUGGUCAAGACAUUUGCUCCUAUCACGAACUUCUGUAGUCAACUAACUAUAUUCUGUCUACACCUUCUUCGUGUCAUCAGAGCAAAGAUGAGCAUUGCACACGAAAAAGAGCUGCAUAUCAAUGAAAAUGGUGUAUAUCCCGUUGUGAAAAAGUUGCCAUCACCACUGUGCUGUUUUAAAGUGAUGCAUAUAAGGACUGGAACGUUGUGGAUAGCUUAUUGCGAAAUAAUGUGGAUAGUCUCCCAGUGUUCAUUUUGGACUGCAGAGAGCAUUGUUCGAGAAGCAUUUCCUCCAUACCUAAUAAUUGCUGGAUUCACAUUUACUUGCAUUCAACUAGUAUUGGUGUUUUUCCUUAUUCAAGGAAUUCGAACGUUUCGAUUAGCAUACAUAGAGGUCUACAUGAUAGGUGUAUGCUGCCGGAUUUUCAUGUUCCUUUCCUUUUUUCUGACACUUUUAUUCUUCUUCAUUGUAACAGACGAAGAUGAACGCACUAAUUCCUCGCACUUCUUUCAUCGCUUCUUAAUUGUGAAAAUCAUAUUCACGUGUGUCUACACACUUUUGAAAGCAUAUGCCCUUUACACCGCAUAUAGAUGUUACUCAUACAUUGCGAAAACUCGGAGAGCCAUUGCCCAUCUCACAUUAUUUGAAGAUCCGACAAGUGACCCCAUUCAUUUCAGCCAUGUGCAACGCCUCGGUAGCAGUCAUUCUACUUUUCGUUCUAUGCUUCCAUCAAACCACGAGUGCCGACUUUACGGAUGCCGAAUCUGCGAUACAAGUGCCACGCCGGAGCGCCGAGAUGUACUGGGUAAACCGUGCCAUGCCAAACAAAUAUCGGAAAUAUCGCACCUACAGUGUUCUCCAAUCAAUCGCGCCGGAGGAUAAGAUGCGUUACAGUCAGCAGCUGAAGAUGCGUCUUGCUCAACUCUCUCAACACUGAUGACUGCCCAGUUCUAUAUCUUCAGCUUUUGCACAUGACAUCCAAUGCAAUGCAUAAUCGUAAAAAAACAACAACACUUAUUACACCCCGUCACCGCAUCUCAAUUCACACCAAACUUUUGGGCCUCUCAGAUUCUUGAUUUUCGUUGCGAAUCUCAUUUUUCUCGUUUUUAUUCGCUUCUCAUCUCAUCAUCACGCCUCCUGUUUCUCAUGAAAUCCUUUGUGGUUUCAAGUUGUAAACCUUCAACAAAAAUCCCCAAUAUUAUGUGAUGUGAUUUUCUUUUUUCUCUCACGAAUAAAAUGUCAUUUGCCGUUUGAGUCCAAUGAACUCUGUAUUUCAGCUUUAUCGAAUAAAUGUUUAAUUCAAA